CUUGUCGCCGAUUUGGCUGGGUGGAAGCAAGGCACCCGCCUGGCACAAGACCAAAUAUGGGCAAAGCCACCGCAUGCACCGCCGUUGACCUUUCAUAGGGAUUCCCCAUACUUUAUGUUUGAUCCCGAUGAUGUUGUUACGGUUUGGGUGGCCCUCGAUGAUAUGGAUGCAGAGAUUGGGCCGCUACAGUAUGUGAAAGGAAGCCACUUAUGGGGCGACGGCAGAAUCGGGUCGGCUAGCCAGUUCUUUGACAUAAAUGGUCACUCCUUGUUACAAUCAGCCGCAGAUCUAGAAGGCAUUAAAGACUACGAGAUUGUCAGUAUGGCAGGUCUAUUGGCAGGGGGACUCUCGGUUCACAAUGGGCGCACGUGGCACGGAUCAGCACGCAAUAGUAGUACCGUCCGC